CUGACGUUUGAAUGUUUUGGUCGGCGUCGGCAUUUUUUCAGCGGCUGUGGCAAAAACAAGUGUACGUCCGCUUCAUCAACUACCAAGACGUCGCACUGUAUCCAAGUAUCAGUAUCAGUUGUUUUAAAUAAUGCAACAAUAACAGGCAAAUCUGAACAAGAAUCCCGCUGCAACAAUGUUGACCACCGAGUUUGUCCAGCUGGCGCUGUUGUUCGGUUCCGGAUCUAUAUUUUUUCUUUUCGUUUUGCUUGGUAUAGUUCUGAAGGUGACGACGACACCGUUUCCCACAAUAGUACGUCAUAGAAAGGAAGAGUACUAUGUCGAUCCGAAUGCAAUCAAUAAUCAACCGUUUCCGUCGUUAGACGACGAACCAACGGUGCGGUUGAGUGUGAUCGUUCCCGCAUUUGACGAAGAAAAAAGACUGCCCCUCAUGCUGGAUGAAUGUUUAGAUUAUCUGGAAAAACGUGCUGGAAAAGAGAAAAACUUCACCUACGAGGUGAUCAUCGUGAGCGAUGGUAGCCGUGAUCGAACGCCAAGUGUUGCGUUCGAGUACGUCAAACUAUACGGUGCAAAUAAGGUGCGUUUGCUGAAACUGGAAGAAAACCGUGGUAAGGGUGGUGCGGUUCGUCUUGGGAUGCUUAGCAGCCGUGGCCAGUUUCUACUGUUUGCCGAUGCGGACGGUGCGACAAAGUUCGCCGAUUAUGCGAAACUUGAACGCAGCAUGGAACAAAUGACGGGCUUUGAAUGGAAGCGCGAUGCACUAACGAUUGGUUCGCGUGCUCAUCUGGAGCAGGAAGCUACGGCGAAACGAACAAUCUUCCGCACGAUCCUAAUGCACGGAUUUCACCUUCUGGUGUGGACGUUUGCGGUCAAAAAGGUGCGUGAUACACAAUGUGGAUUCAAGCUUGUUUCGCGUUCGGCCGCCCGGAAACUGUUUCAGGUGAUGCACGUCGAACGAUGGGCAUUCGAUGUGGAGCUGCUGUUCAUUGCACAAUCGUACAACAUUCCGAUCGAGGAGGUUGCAGUAAACUGGACGGAGAUCGAGGGUUCAAAGCUGACACCGUUCUGGUCCUGGUUAGAGAUGGGUCGGGAUUUGAUGCUGAUCUGGUUCCGGUACGCGAUCGGUGCAUGGCAGUUGCGGAAAGAGCACGUUAAUUGAAAGUCGUGAGAAGCCGUUCACGCUUUUAGGUUUAGUUUUUAAACAUUUUCUUUUGCGAUAUCUUAGUUUGUGCAACAGAAUAAUCUAAAUGUAGACAUAGAUGAGACAGAUGGAAUAAACAUAAGCGAAAUCGUGGCCUCUGUA